AUGAGAGGUCGGGGCAGGGGGCCUGCUGGUGGUCGUGGGGGCUAUCCGCCAGAAGGGGAAGGCCGAGGUCAGGGAGGCCGGUUUGGCGCGAGAGGCCGUGGGGGCGGCGGAGGGGGUCGAGGAGGGGGCGGUCGCGGGCCGCCUGCAUACGAGCCGCAUCCGCCGGUGUCGCAGCCUGCCUACUACGAGCCGCCUGCUGCGCCGUACGCUCCUCCGGCACCGUUUGCCGCUGGACCCCCGGCUCCUGCUGCUCCUCGCCCAGCGGCGGCGCCGUCCGUCCCACCGCCUGCACCCGCUCCUCUGCCACCGCCCGCAGCGCCGUCCGCCGAGGCAGUCGUGGCGCAGCUCACUGGACUCGCGCUGUCUCGCCCCUCCGGCGUCACCUCUCCGUUCCCGCGACGCCCUGACCGAGGGGGCACUGUCGGGCAGAUCAUGAAGAUCCGUGUGAACCACUUUCCACUUCAAAUCGCGGACCUCGUCAUUUAUCAUUACGAUGUUGUUAUCUCCCCUGAUAUUGCGAUCAAGCGGAUCAACCGGGAGGUCAUUCGCGAGUUGUCGCGCGUGUAUCAUUCGUCGCAUCUGGGGAAUCGUCUGCUGGCCUUCGACGGCGUCAAGAACGUGUACACGGCCGCGGCGCUACCGUUCGAGGCGCAGGAGUUUCAGGUGUCCCUGCCCGACGACCGUCCGGCCCCGGCGGCAGGGGAAGCUCAGUCGCGUCGGCCGCGCGACCGGUCGUUCAAGGUGGUGCUGCGGCUGGCGGCGAGCGCGAGCGUGUCGCAGCUGAUGGAGUUCCUGGCGGGGCGGCAAACGGAGGUGCCGCAGGAGGUGCUGCAGGCCAUCGACAUCGUGCUCAGAGAGCAGCCAACGCGCAUGUACGUGCCCGUGGCGCGGUCCUUCUUCAGUCCGGACCUGGGUCCGCGCGCGCCCAUCGGCAACGGAGUGGAGGCGUGGAAGGGCUUCUACCAGAGCGUGCGACCCACGCAGAUGGGCCUCACGCUCAACCUUGACAUGGCGGCGACGGCGUUUUUGGAGCCGCUGAUGCUGCCCGACUUCGUGAUGCGCCUGCUCAACCGCCACUCGCUGCAGCAGCCGCUCUCCGACUUCGAGCGCUUCGCGUUGCGCAAGGGGCUGAGGGGCGUGCGCAUAGAGGUGACGCACCGGGGGCAGAUGAGGCGCAAGUACAAGCUCACAGGGCUCACCACGCAGCCGCUGCAGGCCCUCACGUACGCGCCCCCACUCACCGCCCCGCCUCUCCUUGCUCUCCCUCACUCCACCGUUCCGUCCCUUACAAUUUUCCUUGCCCACCCUCGUCCCUGCCUUCUCCCCAUGUGUGCUUGCUCGCCUCCUCAUGGCUUGGGUGCACCCGUCCGCCCAUGGUGCAGGUUUCCUUUGACGACCCCGGAGGGGGAGGCGCAGGUGGUGACGGUGGAGGCGUACUUCCGCCAGCACUACAACCUGCAGCUGCAGCUGCGCAACAUGCCCUGCGCCACCACCGGCCAGGGCGACCGUGUCAACUACCUCCCGCUUGAGGUGCGCCCUCCCCCCCGCCCCCACGCGCCCUGCUCCACGUGCUCGCCGCGCCUGCUCUCUUCCAAUGCCCCUUCCCCACCUGCCAUCGCCCCCAGCCUCUCACCGUGUGCUGUUCGUCUCGCUGCUUCUUGUCUGCCUCGCUCCAUGCUUCGGCAACCAUGUACCAUGCGCGCGUGCGCCUAUUAUCUACAUGUUGGUGCGCGCAUCUGGCUGUGGCACCCCCUUGUGUGCCUGCUACUUCAUGACUACCACUUCCGUUUUCCUGCCUUGUUCUGCCCAUCGCUCCACCUUGCGCCCCUGCUACUUGCCUCUGUGCAUGCGGCGUGCUGGCAUGGCAGACGGUGCGGCAAUGCGUAUGAGCGCGACCCGUUCGCGGCUGAGUUUGGCAUCCGGGUGGCGCCCCAGAUGGCCACCAUCAACGCACGCGUGCUGCCCACGCCCACGGUACCGUGCCACUGCCUCAUUCCCCCCUGCUCUUGCUCCGCCAAGCCACCCUCUCGUACAUGUGCUCCCACACAGCAUGCCUCGUUGCACAUGUACUGCUCUGCCCCCUCCUCAUGCCUCGCUGUGUUGCCCUCGCCCCCCGCCUGGCCGAGUGCUGACGGGAGCGGUGGUGAGGCGCUGGGCUCUGGUGAACCUGAGUCGUCUGCCGCGCCCGGCAGCAGAGCAGUUUGGACGGGAUCUUGCGCACAUGUGCAAUGUCACCGGCCUCGUGCGUGCUCCACCUGCCGCCUGCUCUCACCUUCUCCCACCCACUUCCAUCUUCUCUCGCGCAACCCGUUACCCAUCUAUUUUCUCGACUUCCUUUCCUUGUCUCAUUUCCCUUUCUUCGUGCACUCGUUUCCCCGACAUAUGCGCCUGUCCACCACAAGCAUCAGUCGGUUCUUACCAAGUCGUCUUUCUCUUCCUUUGCAUAUGGGCAUGUGCAUGAGGGAGCAGCAAAUGGAGCAGAGGAUGUGUGUGCCGAUGGCGGCGGGGCAUGCGGGGCAGAUGGACGCCAUUCUGCGCAACCUGGCCAAGCAGCUCACCCCCGCGCAGCGCCCCAUGCCCGACGUGGACAUUGUGGUGUGGAUCCUCAACGAGGGCAACGGCCCCCUCUAUGGUACCCGCUCCUCUACCCCUCCCACCCACUCCCUGCUCCCUCCUCCUCACUCGCCUUCCUACCAUUGCCCACCUCCUUCCGAUCCAGUCACACAGCCCAGCACCAUUUGUGGUAACGACCCUUGUUCCCCCCCACCCAUUCUCCUCCUCUCCUCCAAUUGCUGCCUGGCAACAAAGUUGGGCAAGGGAAAGCAGUAUCUCGCAAAUGUGGCGCUGAAGAUCAACGCCAAGGUGGGGGGGCGCAACACGGCGCUGGUGGAUUCCAUACAGAGGCAGAUCCCGCUCAUCUGCCAUGAGUACACCAUUCUCUUUGGCGCUGAUGUCACACACCCCUCGCCAGGCGAGGACAACAGCCCAUCCAUCGCUGCUGUGGUGGCGUCCAUGGACUGGCCCGAGAUGGCGCGCUACCGGGCGCUCGUCAGUGCGCAGGCGCACCGUGUGGAGAUCAUUCAGAACCUCUACACGUGCUCGCAGGACGCCAACGGCACACUGCAGCACGGCGGCAUGGUCAGGGAGCUGCUCAUCAGCUUCUACCGCUCCACGGGCCACAAGCCCCAGCGCGUCGUCAUGUACAGGGACGGAGUGAGUGACGGGCAGUUUGCCGCAGUGAAGGAAUUUGAGGUGGCGGCUAUCAAGCAGGCGUGUGCAUCGCUGGAGGAGAGCUACAACCCGCUGGUGACAUUUGCGGUGGUGCAGAAGCGCCACCACACGCGCUUCUUCCCGUUUGACUCGCGCAACCGCAGCACCACAGACCGCAGUGGCAACGCCCUGCCCGGCACCGUCAUUGACACGGGCAUCUGCCACCCUACCGAAUUUGACUUUUACCUUCUUAGCCACUCCGGCAUCCAGGGCACGAGCCGGCCGACGCACUACCACGUGGUGCAUGACGAGAACGGCUUUGACUCCAACACGCUGCAGCGCAUGACCUACUCCAUGGCCUACACAUAUGCCCGCUGCACUCGUGCCGUGUCUGUUGUGCCGCCGGCGUACUACGCGCACAUAGUGGCGUUUCGAGCGCGCUUCUACAUGGACCCCGACCAGUUCUCCGACACCGGCUCACAGUCCACCGCCUUUGAGCACGCGCCUGCUGCCCCCGCGCCCUCCACGGUCACGGGCACAUCCGCCACCACGGGGGAGAGCUCCGGCAGCCGCAGCAGCCGCAGCGCCGGCGAAGUGGUGGUGCGCCCGCUGCCACCCCUGCAGGGCCGCGUCAGGGAGCACAUGUUCUUCUGCUGA